AUGAUGGGGGAGCUGGAGAUUUCCAUCAUGGCGGCUUCCAUUUCGGGCUACACCUUCAGCGCUGUGUGUUUCCACAGCGCCAACAGCAACGCGGACCACGAAGGAUUUUUGCUGGGAGAGGUAAGACAAGAAGAAACCUUCAGCAUCAGUGACUCACAGAUCAGCAACACAGAAUUUCUGCAAAUAAUUGAAAUCCACAACCAUCAGCCUUGUUCAAAACUUUUUAGUUUUUAUGACUACGCAAGCAAAGUUAAUGAAGAGAGUUUGGACAGAAUUCUUAAAGAUCGGAGAAAGAAAGUUAUUGGAUGGUACCGAUUCCGGCGAAACACACAGCAGCAGAUGUCAUACAGGGAGCAAGUCAUCCAUAAGCAACUCACUCGCAUCCUCGGUGUGCCCGACCUUGUCUUCCUCCUCUUCAGCUUCAUCUCUACUGCCAACAAUUCCACUCAUGCUCUAGAAUACGUUCUCUUUAGACCAAAUCGAAGGUAUAAUCAAAGGAUAUCACUUGCUAUUCCCAAUCUAGGCAAUACUAGCCAGCAAGAAUACAAAGUGUCCUCAGUGCCAAACACUUCUCAGAGUUAUGCCAAAGUUAUUAAAGAACACGGUACUGACUUUUUUGAUAAAGAUGGAGUCAUGAAAGACAUCAGGGCAAUUUAUCAGGUGUACAAUGCACUGCAGGAGAAAGUGCAGGCAGUGUGUGCUGAUGUAGAGAAGAGUGAGAGAGUUGUUGAAUCCUGUCAGGCAGAAGUGAACAAAUUAAGAAGACAAAUCACGCAGAGGAAAAAUGAAAAGGAACAAGAAAGAAGAUUGCAGCAGGCCAUGUUCAGCAGACAAGUGCCGUCCGAGAGUCCAGAUCCUGGGUUCAGUCCUCGGCUGCCCUAUUCUGGGUUCGCAGCUGAAGGCAGAAGUACGCUUGGGGAUACCGAGGCCGCUGAUCCUCCUCCCCCUUAUUCUGAUGUUCACCCCAACAAUCAAGAAAGUGCUCCGAGCCAUUCCCACAUGGAGAGGAGUGUCUUUAUGCCUCGACCUCAAGCCGUGGGCUCUUCCAAUCAUGCUUCCACCAGUGCCGGACUGAAGUACCCUGGAAGCGGAGUGGACCUCCCUCCUUCCCAGAGAGCAGCUGGAGACAGUGGUGAGGAGUCGGACGACAGUGAUUACGAGAACCUGAUUGACCCUGCAGAGCCCUCUCAUAGCGAAUAUUCACAGUCAAAGGAUUCGCAACCCGGGACACAUCCCAGUGAGGACCCCAGGAACACUCAGACCUCCCAGAUUUGACUAAACAAAAGACGCUCUCCGUGUAGCACUGUUUCUCUUAAUUGUUUGUUGAGAGAGUUGUUUGAGGACUGACUCUGGGGGAGAGCUGCCUGACUCCCAAGGAGAGCCCUCGCGCACAGAGCUCCUCAGCCUCCAUCCCUGGUCCUCGCCCUCGGAUGCAGCGUGCAGGUUUCACAACAGAAUCAUUAAGAUAAUCAAAUUGUCCUAAUUCUGGUGCGACUCAUGGAUGUACUGGUAAAUUUAGGCAAAGCAAAACUUAUCAGCAUAGUUUCUGUUCUUUACAAUAAAUUGGAAAUUAGAGACUAAGCACAAUUAGUCUAUAAAUGUUCUAUAAAUCAAAAACUUACCUCUUGCACUAUCAUGCCUUGAAAUUUACUUUCUCAAAGGGAAAUGAGUUUAGCAGCAGCCUUCAAAGAACUUCUUUCUAUGAUGAGCCAAAUUCAUCUUUGCCAGAAAAGAAAUUUUGUUAAUUCCAAGAAGCCUGAUUGGAACAGUCAGAUGCACCUUCUCUUAUCUGCAUGACUUUGUGAGAUUGAAAGAGAAGGCUUUGUUUCAACUUUUUCUACUAGCCUGAUACGUAUUGUCACUUAAAAUGGUUGCCUUUAAAAAAAAAAGUAGAAAAACUAAUUACCAGUAAGUAAUCAUCAAAAUAAGUAUGUCAUAAAGUAAAUAGAUGAUUCCUUUUCUCUUGGCGGCUGACAGCGACAGCUGUGCUGCACGAGCACACUUGUGGUCUCUGUUCUGAAGUCGCAGAGGGAGCUGCGGACCAGACCCGAGUCCUGCGGCGAGCGGGUCCCGGAACGGUGGAUUUCGCUGAGUUCAUGCUCAUUUAGGUCUUCCGACAAAUCCUAGUGUUAGCUUUAUUUGUGGAGGAGAGACGUUUUUGUGUGGGAAUCUUGGUGAAUAAAGAUUCAUCUUAAAUCUGAAUAACCAUACUUAAUUUGUUUAAGUUGUCCCUCAGGGGAUAAUUGUAGAAUGUGUAGAGACUGUUGGGAUGCACUUAUUUUUAUUUAAUUACUGCUUGUUUUCUAGUUUUGCCCAGAAUGUAUGAAACCACUCAGAGGGAUGUGAGCAUGUUGGGCUCCUAGUUUGGAAAUGACAGGACCUACUGUGUGUGACAAGGUCAGCCCACGAAGCUAGUCCCUGCUGUUCAACUGCGUUUCCCUAGGACCAGUUAAAACCUGGAAGAAUAAGGAGGUUGUUAGAGAGGCUUAAAAUCUGGUUCCAGAAACGUAGCUCCAUUUUCUAGGAUAAACGUUUACUUGCUGAGCGCCACUUCCAACUAAGUGACACGGUAUAAUAUGGACUGAGAUGAGAUGCUAACACUGCCACUCUUCGAUCGCCACUCUCUGGGAGACUGUCUUACCUGCUGUCCCGGUCCUGUUGGCCUUAUACCACUGCCGUUUGGUUUGAGUUAUUGCAGACCCCUUUAUCUGCAACUGUGUUCCAGUUUUUAUCAGCUACCUUCUAGAAGCUUUAGCACCAGUGUGAAUUUAAUUUUUUUAAGUGCCAUUGCCAUCUCCUCUGUUCAGAUUUUGACAUUCAGGAAAAUAUUUUUAUUUUUAUGCCAUACCAAGAUCUACAAUGUAUAUCUGACAAAGCAGUUAAAUGUGACAAUAAAAACUUAUUUAAUCAUGAUACCAUUGUUUGAAUGUCUGAAUCAGCACCCGGCCAGGUCUUGUCUCAAUAUACUCAUUCUGCCAGUCUGCAGUAGGUGACAGUUUUUAAAGAGGGCUUUAAAUCCCAUCUGGAUACAGACUGCUCGUCAGGCUGGGUUUAGGGGAAGUCCAGGAACACAUCCUACUAAAUGUUGCUGUUGAUUUCAGGGAGAUGUGUUGCAUACCAAGUUGCCUAAAGAACUAAACAUGAAUUAAGAAUAAAACUGGAUCUUGGGAAGGUCUCCUAAAGAUAACUUUUACAGAAAAACUGAUCUUGUUUGAAGUGGCUCGCGAGCAGGGGGCACCCAGCACCGGGGUGUUGUGGAUGUCGAUGCUUCUAGGGCGCCUUGGAAUUAUGGGAUCAUCUUAGAACCAGCACCUGCUGGCCACCAGUGUUCUGGAUUCUGUGGGAGCCGCUCCAGUCGAAUGAUGUCUCUCUCCCAUCAUCCAAAAUACCCAUUUUAAGCAGGAUUUAGUCUCCAACCAUUUGGAGAAAAGGAGACUGGAUUCUUUUAACUUCUAAGUAGAAGUCUGGAAAUGCUUAAUUACACAUUGUAAUUGUUUUUAUCUGGAGUAGAGUGAAAACAAAAAAAAAUGGAAUCUUGUCCUCAAAUAUUCAGGGCAUAUAUUUUUAAAUUCCAGACACAAUGGGGGCAGUGACAAUAACCGCUUUAAUAAACAGAU